UGAAGUUCAAGGUAUUGCAGUUAGAUCGGGAGAAACUGACUUAGAGCUCUAUAACGUCUAUAUUCCGCCAGUAGCCAGCUGCCCAGCAGGCUACCGUCCCAACAUCAGGACUUUGUUAGACGGCGAUAUGCGUCUUGUCCUAGGGGACUUCAACGCCCACCAUCAGCUCUGGCACUCUUCUUUAGGGGAAGACCAGAGAGGUGCGUUGCAGGUGGAACAGAUUGACGAGUCCAUCUUCUGCAUCCUGAAUGAUGAUGCCUCCACGCGGAUUAUGGGUACCUCCGCUAGCUCGCCCGACAUCACCAUAGCGAGUGCUGGUUUGAUCAACUACGCAACAUGGCGAGCCGUAGUUUUUCUGGGAUCAGACCACUUACCCAUAAUCGUAUGUCUGGAUCGACCUAACGAUUUUAUCGUCUCUGAACGCCGUCAAUACGUAAACCAAAAGAAAGCAGACUGGCACGGCUUCAGAGAAUUCACCGAACGCAUCUUCAGUGAUCUAAAUUUUCCCUCCAACGUACACCAUUCAGAGAGGAAGUUCCGUGAAACUGUCAUCUCAGCAGCUGCUCGCUUUAUACCUGCUGGUCGUAUAUCCGUAGUGCGGCCGCACUUCCCAGCAGAAGCAGCCAGGCUUGCAGAUGAAAGAGAUGACAUCCGAAAUACCAACCCAGGUGAUCCAAGACUCACCCAGCUGAAUAUUGAAAUCAGCAGGUUGGUAAAUGAGGACAAGCGGAAAAGAUGGCUAGAUCACUUGAAGAACUGCAACUUGAGUUCGGGUGUUAGUAAGUUGUGGUCUACAGUUCGAUCUCUCUCUCUAACCCGACGAAGAAGGAUGACAGGGUCGCUAUUAAGUUUGCAGAUAUCCCCAUUUCCUCUAACCCGACGAAGAAGGAUGACAGGGUCGCUAUUAAGUUUGCAGAUAUCCCCAUUUCCGACCCUGAAGGGUGCUCGCGCGCAUUUUGCCGGCAAUUCAUUGAGCACCCUGAGAGAGACAAGGCGAAACGAAGUGUUCUUCGCAAACUUCACAACCUUCCAGUCACGGACAUACCACAACCCUUCACCCCAGCUGAAGUUGCAGACGUCAUCAACAACGCCAAACCAUCUAAGGCGAUUGGCCCCGACGGAAUAUCCAUGCUGAUGUU